ACUGGUGAUCAUCAAAAACUAAAAACAAACUGUUUGGCAUUUGGGAGAACAUAAAAUUUAUUAACUGUUUUUUGCAGAUUGCUGUGCUCACUAAAUCUAACAGGAUGGAUUUAAAACAGAUUGACGAAGAAGCUCGAUUGGCGGCUAUCAAAGAAAUAAAAAAUAUGUUCCAGAGGCCAGGACAGCUGGAAAAAGUAGAUCAAUAUCGGCAUAGAGUGUAUCGAAAAAAAGUGUCCAUAGAAGCUAUGUUGAAAACCUGCAUGCAAAAUCAAACCGAUGAUGUGAAAAUCGGCGUUAAAAAGCUGCAAUCGGCUCUGGAGGACAUUGGUGAGGUAGAUCAACAAACUAAGGAGGCAAUUUCCCAGUUAACGGACGUUCCUUCGAUCUACGAUGCAUUGGAAGCAGUCCGGGAUGAGAAUGCAAAGCAUUCGCAGUACAUGACCGCGAUGGAGAAUUUGAAGCAUAUAUUUACUGUUCAGUCAAGUGUUGCAAAAACAAUGCAAUGGAUUGAAGAGGAUAAACUGUUACACGCGCAUCAGUGCCUAUCGGAUUUAGAAAACUCGCGGGAUGAUUUGCUAUUUGAGUUACAUAAACUUCCAAAGCAGAACGCUCAUGAUAAAAUUACGCUCAAGCGUUACUUUGAAAAAGUGGAAACGGUUUCCACUACUCUCGAGAAAAAAAUACGAUUGAUUCUACAACGAACACUCAACACAGUACGAAAAGAACCCACUGUAAUUGUUACCGCACUGAGAAUUAUCGAACGAGAGGAAAAGUCGGAUGCAUUCGCUCUGCAACAACAGAAACAAACCGGAUUCAUUCCGCCAGGGCGACCGAAGGAAUGGCGUAAGAAAGCCUUGCAAGUUCUCAAUGAAGCAGUUAUUCAGAGGAUUGAGGGUUCAAAAUUAGAGGAACGCGCUGACAACAAACUGUGGCUCGUGCGCGAUUUGGAACUAACUAGACAAUUUAUCCUGGAGGAUUUACGCGUCGUCAAGUCAUUAUGUGUUCCCUGUUUUCCGCCCCAUUACAAUAUUUUGCAAGAGUACGUUAAUAUGUAUCACAAUGCAUUGUCGAAAUAUCUUGAGGAACUAAUCCAGAUGGGUUUGGAAGGUAACGAAUAUGUUACAAUACUGUCAUGGAUUAUGAACACGUAUCCAGGACGCGAACUGAUGCAGCAUCCGGAUCUACAGAUUGACCUUACGGGUGUGGGUCCUCUAGUAGGCGCUCCGGUUCUUAAGGGAAUGGAAGCUGCAUAUCUCAAAACUAUGGAGCGGAAUUAUCUUGAUUGGAUGACCAAGACAUUGGAAACGGAAAAAACCGACUGGAUUAACGGCGUCCCUGCAGAUACCGCCGAUCAGUACUAUCAUACGUCAGCGCCCGUCAUCAUUUUCCAAAUGAUUGAUCAAAAUCUUCAGGUUACAAACACGAUUCAUUCCGAUUUAACGUUCAAUGCUUUGAUUUUGAGCAUUCAACAAGUGAUAAAGUAUGGUCACAACUAUCGCACAGCAAUAAUCGAGUACAAGGAAAGGCAUUUUCGAGAUCGCAGCCUGGCACCUUUCUUUACGCAGCAUAUUAUCACAAUUGUGAAUAAUUGUGCUCAGAUCAUAGAGCUUGCGCAGCAGAUGAAACAACUUUAUUGGCCGAAAUCCAAGCCGCAACAUUAUGAAGAGUUUGGUCGCCUUCUAACGACCUAUCAAACGCUAAGAGACGAGGCUGGCCGAUUUCUGCUAGAGGAAGCGUUUUUGGAUCUGGAAGUUCACUUCAAUGAUUUGUUUACUGCUAAAUGGGUCACUUCAACAGUCUCAGUUGACACAAUUUGUGUCACGCUGGAAGAUUACUUUCAAGACUAUAAUCAUCUUCGAGCUACAAAUUUCGAGUACGUAAUAAGCGAAGCCCAACGGCUGGUUGCUAAACGAUACAUUAAAGCAAUGUUAUCGAAACGGCUAAGCAAAACACGCCAAGAAUGUGACGUCCUUGCAAAGAAGGUGAAUAAGGAAGCGAAGCAGAUCAAAAUAUUCUUCGAGAAAGUUGCACCGAACGUAUCGAAGAAUGAUUCUCCCAUCGACGUCAUCUCGAAUUUAGCAGGUUUGCUCACCUGCGACGCAGAAAUGCUGGUGCUGGAUUUACACACGCUUCUGUCCAGUUAUCCGUCGCUGACGGAGGACCAUGUAGUACGAUUGUUCUACUUGCGAAGUGAUUUUAAAGCAAGUGAGGUUAAGGAAAAAGUACAUGAUGCGAUUGUGUCGAAGAAAACAACUGUUAGUCACGACAAGCAGGAUAGCAUUUUCAAGGAAAUCGUGUUUUCCGAUAAAUUGUGGUAAAGAGAGAUGUUCCUGAGAAUUGGAGCUAAACACGAAUGUGAAAUUAAAUUUCUUCAAGUUUGCAUGGAGUCUGACACGAAACGCUUGUAUUGUAUUCAAACGGUAAAAAUAUAUCAUUUUUAAAAUCGAUUUAUUAGUUAUGUCAUAAGUGAAUUAUACAAAAUAUUUAUAGUGACAUAAUAAUUAAGACUCAUAUUUUCUAAAUCGUUACAAAUGAUUAUUACCCAAGUAAGAAAGAAUAUUAUCAUGAUAUAAAUCAUGUUUAUAAAUACUAUGAUAUUAUUCAAAUUGCCUCAAUAAUAUAUAUAAAAAUGAAAUACAUAAAAAAUCACAAGAAGGUUGUAUGCAAAGCCACGACCGCAAGGUUGAAGUAGAAUACUUUUACAAGAAAGAUAACCCAGCUGCUUGCGUGUCAGUCAUUUUGACGUAGAACUACGUUUUUCUUUAGCCUACCAUAUAGGGAUGUAAAUAGGAAAACAAUUAACGAAAAGGGGACGAAAAAUGUCCCUUUUUAAAUGCUUAUAAAUCGGUUUGUUUUCAACCGAUUUCCUUGAUUCGUGCAGCAAUUGAUUGGAAAAUUAUACACGCAUCCACCCAAAUGUAGAAAAGUGUUGAUUGAUUAUGCGAACUAUUGUACUAUUGACAAUUGUCAAGCCUUGUUGAAACGAAAAUAACGUCCUCUGAUUGGUCGCUUGCUGCCUCUCCCUAAAAAGGUCGACAGAAUAGUAUAACUAGUUAGCCACAUCGUAGCGAAUUGCGGUAGUAGCAGCAGCGGGUUGCGCCAGUAAACAAAUCACAUCACGUAUCUAAGCAGCAGCGAGGUAGCACCAAACGUCUCGAUAUGCCAGUUAAGGGCUUCGGUAUUCUUCCAGCAAUAAAGUUUUGCAAUAACACAUUCUGUGCUGAAUCCAAGAAAAAACAAUCUGUUACGGCCGUCUUAUUUACUGAAUGCGAAAACAGCUUUUACAGAUUUUGAACAGCAAAAUAUCUUUCUCUAGGCAAAUAAACAAGUAACUGAAGAUUAUUUUUUUGGUAAUAACACAAACAUUGUGCUGAGUUCUAGCAACCAAAUUCUGUCGCGAUCAAAAAAUUUACUUUAUUUAUUUACCUUAUGUCCCCCACUAUUGGGGCAGCACAAAAGCUGCGAUCAACAUAACCGAUUUUGAACAACAAACUGUCCUGUUCUGUUAGAACGCCUCAACAAAGGUGAUUAUUUCGACUUUACAGGAAUAAAUUGAAGUCGAUUCAAUAAAUCAACAUGAACAGAAUUUCGUCGUCUCCCAGCUGCUCAGUUGCAACAUGAUGCAACACGCGAAAGCGAGCAAACAAAAUCGCUUGAUGUUACAAACCGCAACACAAUAAUUAAUUAUAAUCGUUGUGUGUGUGAGAGAUCACCAUCGGUGUUUAUUCGCUGUAUACAAAAAUCAAAUGCGAAUUGCAGUAGCAGCAGAUAUUAGCACUCAGCAGUAACAGCGGAUUGCAGCGGGUUGCGCCUGUGGCUGCCUUUAAAUCAAACAAAUCACUUACCCUGUGGUUGGUCACCAUGUUCUCACUUCUCAGCGUGUGUCAUCAGACUGCCGUUAUUGCCCCACUACUAUGGCAGCAUAAAGGUUGCCUUCAGCAAAUCCAAUUUUGAGCAGCAAAAUGCCAUUCUUAAGGCAAAUAAACAUAUAUUUGAGGGUUAAUCUUUUUUUGACAACUCAAGCGAGCAACCUGUGCUGGAUACUAGCAGUUUACUGAAAGUGAAACGGCUUUUACAGCUCGUGUCUUCAGUGUCUUUAUUCCCCCACUGUUGAGGCAGCACAAAGCAAGUGUUUGGAGACUUUAUGACUCAUUAAUGAAACACUUACAACAAUGCAUUUGUUAAUAGUGUGGGUAGUUCUACGUCAGUUAUGCGGUCGUGUCUUGGAUGCAACCUCCUAGUUUUUUCUAGUAAAUAAACGUUGACCGUUCAUUGGCAGUAUUGUAAUUUCUUUUUGUCUGAUAUUUUGAAUGAAGUUCAUUGAAUAUUUUUAAAUUUUGUGCAAAUGAGACGUUGAAGUGCUGCCGAAUUUUGAUAUGCACAUUUAAAACGACAUCAUUAAACGGGAACGGAACAAAGGCUACGGUUAUGCAGAACGCGAAUGCCGGCGCGAUGCGAUUCGCCUUACCGUGGUGAAAUGUACAGCUCUUU